UCUGAUAAGAUGUUUUUCUUGCUCUGAUCCUUUUUUAGAGUCUUUAUACAACAACCAAUUUGACCAGGUGGUGGCUAGUCGAAAUUGAAAUUACGGUUUUGAUUUUUCGAUUCCACCACAUUUUGAUUCUUAUAUCAUGUUUUCUUGCUCUGAUCCAGUGUUAAGAGUCUUUGUAUUUCAAGGAAUUUGACGAGGAGGUCACUAGUUGAAACUAGGGUUUUCCAAUUUGAUUCCAAAUGGUGUUGGAUUUUUAAGUUGUUGAUUUAAGAUAUAGGAUUUGACUCUGUACUCCGUUAGGAGUCUGCGCUCAUGAAUGAUCUGGAUAAGAAAGUACCGAACCCGAAGGUUUCGAAAGAGGAGUGCCCUGCACAUGUUGAGGAGGUGUCCAUCCUGAAGCGUCACAAGGAUGUUGGAAAACAUGGAGAUAAUUACAUUUCUGAACAUAUUAAGGAGGAAUCUGUGUUUUUGAAAAAGUGUGGUAAGUUGCCGAGCCAGAAGGUAACUAAAGAGGAAUGCAUUGCUAGUUAUAUCCAGAUUAAUGAGGAUAUUCCCCUCCACGUGAUGGUUGAUAUGAAGAUUGGUAUUCGUGACAUUAUUUUGAUCUAUCAAGCUGAGGGCUUCGAAGAAAAUGUGAGGAACCUACGUAAUAGCCUCUCUAGAAACAUGCAACCCAAAGAUACUAAAGUUGCCCAUGCAUUGAUAAAUGCCUGCAAGGCUAGCAUGGGAAUUAACUCGCUAGGAUUUGUUUGCGGAUUAUCCAUUGAUAGAGAAAGCAUUUGGAAAUUCCGAAGGCUAAACAUGGGAAGUGGAUAUUUGGGAGAUUAG